AUGGAUAUUCACUGCAAGGCAGACCCCUUCUCGGCCAUGCACCGGCACGGAGGUGUGAACCAGCUAGGCGGGGUGUUUGUCAAUGGCAGACCCCUACCCGACGUGGUGAGGCAGAGGAUCGUGGAGCUGGCCCACCAAGGGGUGAGACCCUGCGACAUCUCGAGACAGCUGCGGGUCAGUCACGGCUGUGUCAGCAAAAUUCUGGGCAGGUACUACGAAACCGGCAGUAUAAAACCAGGAGUGAUUGGGGGGUCUAAACCCAAAGUGGCCACUCCGAAGGUUGUGGAUAAAAUAGCAGAUUACAAGAGACAAAACCCGACCAUGUUUGCCUGGGAGAUACGAGACAGACUGUUAGCAGAGGGCAUCUGCGACAACGACACUGUUCCCAGCGUCUCGUCAAUUAACAGGAUCAUCCGAACAAAAGUCCAGCAGGCUUUCCAUCCAUCCCCUGAUGGCACGUCCCUGUCCACGCCAGGCCACACCAUAGUACCAAGUACAGCUUCUCCGCCCGUAACAAGUGCAUCCAAUGACCCUGUUGGGUCGUACUCCAUCAACGGCAUUCUGGGUAUUCCACGAUCAAACGGCGAAAAGAGGAAACGAGACGAAGAUGGUUCAGAUGGUUCUGGUCCAAACAGUGAUUCUCAGGGUAGUGUGGAGAGUUUACGGAAACACCUGAGGGCUGAUGCCUUCACUCAGCAGCAGCUGGAAGCUCUGGACCGGGUCUUCGAACGCCCAUCGUACCCCGACGUCUUCCCUUCCUCGGAGCAUAUCAAACCCGAACAGGCUAAUGAGUACUCGCUGCCUGCCCUGAAUUCCGGCCUGGACGAAGUCAAACCCAGUUUAUCCUCCAGCGCCAACCCAGACCUGGGCCCCAGCGUGUCACAAAGCUACCCUGUAGGUCGGGAUAUGGCCAACACAACCUUACCUGGGUAUCCCCCUCACGUUCCCCCUACAGGCCAGGGCAGCUACCCAACCUCCACGCUCGCUGGAAUGGUUCCUGGGAGUGAGUUUUCGGGGAACCCCUACAGUCAUCCGCAGUACACAACCUAUAAUGAAGCCUGGCGAUUCAGCAACCCAGCAUUACUAAGUUCCCCUUAUUAUUAUAGUGCCGCAUCGAGAGGCUCGGCCCCUCCCACUGCUGCCACUGCCUAUGACCGUCACUAG